UACAUCCUGCUGACAAGGAACGGAAGCUAGAAGCCACCAGAGUUCACCAGAGUACAGUCAGCCUGGUUAUUAACGAUGGAAGAGAGAAGAGAGGGACUGACUGGAGCGAUUAACUCAGGAAGGAGAAGAGCAGUCAUUAUCAGGGUCACAUGACUCUGCUCCUCCACCGCAGGCGAGUCAGGAGCUGCAGACAUGCGAGAUCAGGAAGCACAGGCAGGUGAAGAGGAACCUCUCAUCAUUACAGCCUGGUGGUUCAUCUCUGGAUUCUCGUUCUAAUGGAUCCAGCCAGCACCGCCGAAUGUGUGUACGUCCCCUCAGACAAUCAAAGGUCGUGGAUCUAUUAUGGGUUCGAUGUUGUGGAGGAGAAUGCAGAGGGGGUGAAAGUGAGCAAUGCUUCCGGACCUGCUCUCAAAGGCGAUCUCACCACAGUCUUCCUCCCUGCCGUUUACAUCAUCGUCUUCAUUGUGGGGUUGCCCACCAACGCCAUGGCCCUCUGGGUGUUCCUCUUCAGGACCAAGAAGAAGCAUCCAGCGUCCAUCCUAAUGGCCAAUCUAGCGCUGGCUGACCUGCUCUUCAUCGUGUGGCUCCCACUGAAGAUCACCUACCACUUCAACGGCAAUGACUGGACCUUCGGGGAGCCGCUGUGUAAAGUCCUAGUGGGGUUUUUCUACGGGAAUAUGUACUGCUCCGCUAUCUUCAUAGCCUGCAUCAGUGUCCAGCGCUACUGGGGGAUUGUCCACCCACUUUCUCAGAAACUGAAUAACCGUGUAACAGUGUGUGUGUGUGUUUGUGUGUGGAUUGUAGUCUGGGUCCUCACUGUACCGCUAUACCUGUAUGACCAGACCGUUAAAGUCACCAAUAUGUGUAUUACUACCUGCCAUGACGUCACUCGCUUCAACCAAACACACUUCCCUGUUGGGUAUUUCCUGACCAUGGGCACUGUGGGAUAUGUAGUUCCCUGUGUGGUCUGUAUAGUGUCCUACCUGCUGACCUUCCUCUCCCUCAGGAGGUCCGUAACAGACAGCAGCAGCAGUAAGAAGAAAAGGAAGGCUAUAGUCCUCAUGGUUACUGUGCUGGUGAUGUUCCUGGUCUGCUUCACUCCCAGUAACAUCAUGCUGAUGGUCCAUUACUCUCUGCUGGGUGCCAAAAUUCCAAACAAUGUCUAUGGGAUCUACAUGGUUGCUCUGUGUCUGGGCAGCCUGAACAGCUGCCUGGACCCAUUCGUGUAUUAUUAUAUCUCGGAGGAGUUCAGAGAUCAUGUGAAGAACUCGCUGAUGUGCCGUAGUGAACGUACAUCCAAACAGAUGAAGGUUUCCUUCAGCGCUCUGAAAUUCUCAAAGAAGAGCAACACCUACACAUCUGACUCCGCCCACACCCAGAGCAGAGACUGCAGCUCUGACUCCGCCCACAUCCAGAGCAGAGACUGCAGCUCUGACUCCGCCCACACCCAGAGAAGAGACUGCAGCUCUGACUCCACCCACACAUAGGGUGCUACCUGCUAAGAUCAUGUCCAGCAAAUGAUGAACCUGCACCGCUCUGACCGACGUGUACCACUCCGUCAUUUAUGAGGAGCAGCUUGCUGGCUGUUGGUUGAGCUCUCUGGAGGAAAAAUCUCUGAGAAUCUUCAAAGCAGAAUGUCCAAUAAGCAGAGACCGCAUGUUAUGAUUAGUGUAUAUAUAUAGCAUAUCUACAUAAUGUGGAACUGAGUUGUGUUCAUGUAGAAUAUUUACAGUGUGAUGUGCUGAGCUGCUGCCAGUGUUCCUGCCCUGCUCUCUGUGUUUGAGCAGAACCGGGUCAGAAUGAGAGACUGUGGCUCAAACGGACCCCUACACCCUCAUUAGUGUUGUGCUGUGCAGGGGUGGAGGUGCUGGUAGAAUGCAGAGUGAAUUGCUGUUGGCAUCUUAAACUUGUCUUCAUUUGAAUGAUCCUUUAACGAAUGGCACAGUUUAAGUAAUUGUAACGUUUGCAUGUGUAGCUCUGAUGUAUGUCAGAGAUGCUUCUAUGGCUGCUUGGACACAGUGCCACACAAGGGUUGGAUGUUAAUCGCUAUGGUACUGAACCCAGAAUGCUUCAGGGCAGCGGGUAAAAGGGGUUUUCCUAUAGCUGCAGUAAGAUUAUAUAAUGUUCCCAUUAAAGUUCACCAGUAAACGCUGUGAAACCCGUUACUCAGAGGCCUCUGUGGUCGUCUGUACACAGAGCGUAAAUAACAGGACAGUAAGCCGAGAAUCACAUCCAACAAUGGUUCAUCAUUUGGAAAGCUUGUAUUCGCCCACCCCCUGCAGGGAGAACUGUCUACUGUACUGAGCAGCAGGAAACAAA